UAGCUUACUUCCCUGAUGUUGAUUUAGUAGAGGCACACAAACUCACGCACCCACACAUACUCUAGAAGCACGAGAAAAACUAUCCAAGAUGAAACGAAAGAGAUGUGACAUGGAAGAAACAACCAAGAAGAAAAAGAUGACAGAGAUUGGAUCGGCCAUUGAAGAGCUCUCUGUUCUUUCCAUAGCCAAGACCACAAUAGUUACCACCGAAACAGAAGCCACCAACAUCAUCAAUUUACCUUUGAAGCCUCUCCUCUCUUUCUGCAAAUUAAUCGUCCAAGUUCUUGAUAAGAUUGGCCCGAGAAUGGCUGUUCUCCGACAAGACAUUGAUCAAAAUAUUCAAAGAUUAGAGACGAUGUGGGAAACUGAUCCUAUUGUAUACUCAAAUUUGGUUGAGAUACUGAGUAAAGAAGCGAAGGAAGGAUCCUCUAAGAAGCUUAAAAGCUGUAGCCGAGCUGCUGUUUGGCUAAUCAGAGCGAUGGAUUUUACAUUGGCCCUAUUGCAACGGCUUGUCAAAGACAUGUCACAAAACAUGCAACAAGCCGUAGAAGAAAGUUAUAAUUUGACUAUAAAACCUUGGCAUGGAUGGAUCUCUUGUGCUGCUUUCAAGGUGGCUCUUAAGCUUGUACCAAACAACAAGACAUUCAUCAACGUACUUGCGGGUAAAGACGAGAGUCACCAAAUGGUUCAGGAUGAUAUAAGAAGUUUAAUUGCUUUGCUCAUUCCACUUCUAAGCCAACUACAUUCUAUUUUGGUACGACUAUUAUUGUUAUUAUUAUCACGAACAGAGAAGAGAGAUACAGUGUUGUGCAUAUAUAUCUUUGUGAUUAGUUUUGAUUUGUGUCUCUGAUUUAUUGGUUGCGCGGUAGGAAUUAUAUGAAGUGCACAAACUAAAGUCAACGUGAGAAAGGGAACCGAAGGGAAGGACUUAAGGGUAUACUUUGAUUUGUAACACAAAGUCUAACUUGUAGCAUCAUUUCUCUGAUGAGUUUUAUCAAGAAUUCUUCGGAUGAGUUAUUUAUCAUGCAUGCAAUGAUGAUUUUUUUGGUACAUGAGUUUGUAUGGAUCAUAUAUACAUGUAUUGAUAAUCAGUUUCAUGUUUCACCCAAAC